CGGACUAAGGCCCAAUUUAACUCCGGCCUAUUUAGCAUAUGGAUAUCGUUGUCAUCAAAACCCUAAUUCUCAUUUUGGAAUUGGUUCGUCGCCGUUCACUUUGCUCCGAUGGGUGCCUACAAGUAUGUCUCAGAGCUUUGGCGUAAGAAACAGUCAGAUGUCAUGAAAUUCCUGCAGAGGGUGAGGUGCUGGGAGUAUCGUCAGCAACCUUCCAUUGUCCGUGUGACUAGGCCUACUCGUCCUGACAAGGCACGUCGCCUGGGUUACAAAGCUAAACAGGGAUAUGUGAUUUACCGUGUUCGAGUUCGGAGGGGUGGCAGAAAGAGACCAGUUCCCAAGGGUAUUGUAUAUGGGAAGCCCACAAAUCAAGGUGUCACCCAACUGAAAUUUCAGAGGAGCAAGAGGUCAGUAGCUGAGGAGCGAGCUGGACGGAAGCUGGGGGGCCUCAGGGUCCUCAAUUCUUACUGGGUGAACGAGGACUCGACGUAUAAAUACUUCGAGAUAAUCCUGGUCGAUGUUGCUCACAAUGCUGUCAGAAAUGACCCAAGGAUCAACUGGUUGUGCAAUCCUGUCCACAAACACAGGGAACUGCGUGGCCUCACUUCUGCUGGCAAGAAAUACAGAGGCCUCCGUGGCAGAGGGCAUCUCUACCACAAAGCUCGACCAUCCCGCAGGGCUACCUGGAAGAGAAACAAUACUCUUUCCCUUCGUCGCUAUCGCUGAUCUCACUAUAACUACUUUGCAUCUUCAUUUUUCUGAAUUUGUCAUUUAUAAGUUGGAAAUUCUAUUUGCUUGAAAUGUGUUGUAGUAUUGGCGAAAUAUACUUCACUAGGGAAUUUCUAAGAUACCGGUUCUUUUCCAGAUCGCUUGGUAUCAUGGGUGGGUUUGUUAUUUUUCAAUGAUUGCUGGGAGCUAGAAAAUUUUUGUUCUUUCAAUGAAAGCUAAUCAUCCAUAUGUUAUCUCCCA